UCUAUUCUAGUAAAUAUCAACUUAAGUGUGCUUAAAAAUACUAGAUAGAGCAUUCUCAAGUAAAUAAACUACUUAGGUCAUAAUAUGAAGAACAUUUAAACUAAACUUCAGAUAUAAGACAUCCGAUUCGAGGAAAACCAAUUGAACCUAUAAUCGUCAACUUUGCUUGUAAGAUGAUUAGUGUGAUGUCGCAAUCACUUGAAGGCUACAUUACUCCUUCCACACAGAUCAUACAUACACGCAAUACUUUCUCAACUUUUUUCAAGGCAUCACCAUGGCCCUUAAAUAGCAAGCAAACUCUCACUUAGUCCACACCAAAUCACAAAUCAUAAAACAUGGCUUCAACGUUCUGGGCAGUGGCUUUAGCAAGCCUCUGCUUCCAGCUAGUAACAAUUAACGCACAAGCUCCAGCAACAGCGCCCUCAAAGCUGCCACCUGCAGCACCGACGCCGAAAGCAGCUACGGCACCUGUAGUGGCAGCUUCCCCUCCAACCAUAAGCAAACCACCAGUGGCUAGCAAGCCUCCAGCAAAUGUGGCUCCAAAACCUGCUCCUGUGACAUCACCAGCCCCCAAGGUUGCACCUGUUUCGAGCCCAAAGGUGCCACCACCACAACCACCAAAAGCUUCACCUGUCUCAGCUCCAACCACACCACCACCAUUGCCGCCGCCGCCUGUUGCGACACCACCACCAUUGCCACCACCAACAAUAUCCCCAACACCAGUCCAAGCACCACCAGCCACUGCACCUACGCCACUACAGAGAGCACCAGCACCCGCACCUGUUUCUCCCCCACCAGCACUAGCACCAACGCCUGUAAUAGAACCACCAACACCAGCACCUGCCAAGCACAAGAAACGAAGGCACAGGCGCAAGCACAAAAAACAUCAUGCACCAGCUCCAGCACCAACAAUUGUCAACAAGAGUCCCCCAGCACCACCGGAUUCCACAGCAGAUUCGGACACAGCACCAGCACCAGCACCGGGUCUGAAUUUGAAUGGAUCACCAUCAAACUAUCAGCAUGGGAGAAAUAUAUGGGCAACGGCUGGAAUUGCCAUCACCAUCUUGCUAGCUAUGACAGGCUUCAGCUCAUAGCAGCCUCGUUGUGACCAUGGAUUCACUCGAAUCAGUUAUUUUAUUUGCAAAAUAUAAAAUCAUUUUAUGUGCAUAGAUCUGAAUAAUGGAAAUUUGUACCUCUGAUAUAUAUUUUUUCCUAUUAAAUUCUUUAUGGUGAUAUGUAUUCAGAAAUAUUAACGAAUAUGAAAUUUUUGGAUUAUGGAAGCAA